CUUUUCUCACAUAGUUCCAACAAGCAACUUGUAUUAUUAUAUUCUUAACACCAAUGGUAAUGGAUGAUGAUGCAAUGUAUUUGUCUCGUUUUCUCAUCCAUUUAUAUGAUUGCUUUCUUCUCCACCUCACCAAUCACUCCUCCUCUAAACUUUUCUUCACUCUCUUGUCUCUUCAAACUUCGGUUACUCCGUUUUAGUCGACAACAAUGGCCUCUGUUUCAAGGAGGUUACUGAGGAGAGAGACGAUCCCCUGUUUCAGCCACACCGUGAGGAAACUCUUCUCCACCGUUGGAUCUCCUUCUUUUGCUCAGAGACUCAGAGAUCUCCCCAAAGACUUCCCCUCUACCAACGCCAAACGUGACGCCUCUCUGCUUAUUGGGAAAACGCCUCUUGUGUUCCUCAACAAAGUCACUGAAGGUUGUGAAGCGUAUGUUGCAGCCAAACAAGAACAUUUCCAGCCAACUUGUAGCAUUAAAGACAGACCAGCUAUAGCCAUGAUUGCAGAUGCAGAGAAGAAAAAACUAAUCAUCCCUGGAAAAACAACACUGAUAGAGCCUACUUCAGGAAACAUGGGAAUCAGUUUGGCUUUCAUGGCUGCUAUGAAAGGGUACAGGAUUAUAAUGACGAUGCCUUCGUACACUAGCUUGGAGAGGAGAGUGACGAUGAGAUCCUUUGGUGCUGAGCUUGUUCUCACUGAUCCAGCCAAAGGAAUGGGUGGAACUGUUAAGAAAGCUUAUGACCUCCUUGAUAGUACUCCUGAUGCUUUCAUGUGUCAACAGUUUGCUAAUCCUGCAAACACUCAGAUUCAUUUUGAUACAACUGGUCCUGAGAUUUGGGAAGAUACACUUGGAAAUGUUGAUAUAUUUGUGAUGGGAAUUGGCAGUGGAGGCACAGUCUCUGGUGUUGGCCGAUACCUUAAAUCUAAAAACCCCAAUGUCAAGAUAUAUGGAGUGGAGCCUGCUGAAAGCAACAUACUCAACGGUGGCAAACCAGGUCCACAUGCUAUCACAGGCAAUGGUGUUGGAUUCAAACCAGAAAUCUUGGAUAUGGAUGUUAUGGAGAGUGUUCUUGAGGUUAGUAGUGAGGAUGCUAUAAAGAUGGCUAGAGAAUUGGCAUUGAAAGAAGGUCUCAUGGUUGGGAUAUCGUCGGGAGCUAACACCGUGGCAGCAAUUAGACUGGCGAAAAUGCCAGAGAAUAAAGGCAAACUCAUUGUGACAAUUCAUGCGAGCUUCGGAGAAAGAUAUCUGUCGUCUGUUCUGUUUGAUGAGCUGAGGAAAGAAGCAGAGGAGAUGAAGCCAGUUUCAGUGGAUUGAUGAAGGAAGACUGACACUUUACCAAAAAUCUCGGGAGCAAAAGAUUAUAAAAAGAAAGAUGUAAGAGUAAUAAGUUUGUGUUUAUAUUGUUCUAUUGUUGAUGUAUAAUAUAAUCACAGUAUUGUUGAUGUUGAUCUUGGAUAUUGAAGAUCCAACUAAAUAAAGUUCAUCAUUUUCUGUUUCAAAUAGGGAUUUUCUGCUGGUAAAUUCCGUCUAACUGAGAUUUUGCUGAUGUAACAUAACAUUUUACAAGUAGAGCUAUACCGAUUUCCAACAAAACAGAGGAUUGGAAAAUCAUUACUCUUUUUUGAUGAAAUAAAACGUAUACAUUUACAAGCA